CAUCGUCACAUACAUCAUGUGACAAGGUUAAAACAGAACGUGUACAAACGACGGUCUUUCUUUCGGAAACUCUUUGUAAUUUAAGUCAUUAAUUAAAUUAAACGUGUAAAAGAAGUACCAAGACGUCAAGGAGACAGGAAGGAUGCGUUUAUUUCGGUGUAUGUGUUUAUUCUGGAUGCUCCUGCUGGUUUCUUCACUACACUCACAGAUGCAGAUCAAGCCAUUGAUUUACGAUGAGCAGUUACUGUGGGUGAGCGAUGGAGCAGGCGAGGUGAACACGUAUCGGAUCCCUCUGCUGACGUUUACCUCACGAGGAAGCCUGCUGGCCUUUGCCGAAGCCAGAAAAGACUCGUCAGGAGACAUCGGGGCAAAGUUCAUUGCAAUGAAACGCUCCACAGACGGAGGAGCUACCUGGUCUCCAACAUCCUUCAUAGUGGAUGAUGGCAUGCUGAUCGAUGGCUUGAACCUUGGUUCAGUUGUAGUGGAUGAGAGAACAGACUCGGUGAUGCUGAUCUACUCUUUGUGCUUCCACCAAUACCAGUGCAGCCCCUCGAGCACCAUGUUAGUGGAGAGUUGGGAUGAUGGUAUAACCUGGAGCACUCCUCGCAAUCUCUCUGUCCAGCUUGGGGUGAAGAGCUUUGCCCCUGGGCCAGGAUUUGGCAUUCAGAAACGUUUUAAUCCAGCAGCAGGUCGUCUGGUGGUGUGUGGUCACGGCACCAUCGAGGGCGACGGGGUUUUCUGCAUCUUGAGCGACGAUCACGGGCAGACGUGGAAGAACGGAGCCUCACUGAAGAGCAUCCCUUAUAACCAGCCCAAACAGAGCCAGGACUUCAAUCCUGAUGAGUGUCAGCCGGUGGAGCUGCAGGACGGCAGCAUCAUGAUCAAUGUGCGGAACCAAAACAACUACCACUGCCACUGCAGGAUGGUGGUGCGGAGCCUGGAUGGAGGAGAGACGCUGCCCGUGGAGGAGCUGAGGUUCGACCACACACUGGUAGAUCCCGUGGUGGCAGCUGGAGCUCUACAGAAGGAAGACGUGCUGUACUUCAGCAACCCGUCUAACUCCCAGAAGAGGGUGAACAUGACUCUGCGCUGGUCUUUUACUAACGGGACGACGUGGGAAAACGAGGCCAUGCAGAUCUGGGCUGGGCCCAGCUGCUACUCCUCAAUGACGUCUCUCUACGGCAACUCCAUCGAAGAUAAGAAGUACAUCUUCGUCAUCUAUGAGAAGGGCCAGAAAGAGUGCAUCGAGACCAUCUCUAUUGCCAAAAUCCACCUGUACGGCGGCAGGUAGAGUGAGAGCUCAGUGCGCUGUGAGAAAGAAAAAAGGGAAACAGAAUUGCGGGUGAUGAGUGAUUUGGAAUCAUUUCACUUUCUAAAUACAACAGAUAAUCCAGUGCAAGAUUGUACACAGAAACAUGAAAAAGUCCUGGAAACUGCUUUGUCGCCUGUUUUCCAAAACUACAAACACCUGACAUCUGAACAGAAGAUUUGGAGUGGAUUGAUUAACAAAAUUCUUACUUUUUAAUCCUUCAAUGGUGGCUUUUUUUUAUUAUUAUUCCACUCUAGCACAAACAAAUUCCUGCACAUAAUGAUCAAGUUAUAUUUAUUCCAGCAACACUCGUCCUCAUGAGCCACCUGGUGAUUAAAAAGUGCACAUUCUAUAUCACAUGAUGGUCAUUAGCAUCUGAACUUAUAAAGCUGGUGUAUUCGGUCACAUGCUCCUGCUGAAACGUUUACGGAUUUGAACUGUGGGAAGGAGCGAACAACUCAGGUGUCUUUUGUCCUGUGGAUUUUUUUCUUUUGAAUCUCAUAAUGUAUUAACGUACAAGCUUAUAAGGAAUUAUUCUAACAGAAUGUGAAUGAAAAUCCUACUCAGUAUCGAGAAUAAAUGUCCAAGCUGUUCAAGAUUUUAUACAAACACUUUUUUAGAAUUAGUAUAUGACAAAAAUAUGUGUGUAUGAGUGUGCGAGAGCGAGUGUGCGAGAGCGAGUGUGCGAGAGCGAGUGUGCGAGAGCGAGUGUGCGAGAGCGAGUGUGCGAGAGCGAGUGUGCGAGAGCGAGUGUGCGAGAGCGAGUGUGCGAGACUGAGUGUGUGCAGUCAACAUGCAGGCAAAAGUGCCUAAUAUUUCAUUCACAUUGGCGUAAAUUUCUAAAGGUAUAAGAAUAAUAAUAAGAAUUUUCACUAAGUUUAUUUGCUUAAAUGAAUAACAGUUUAUUUUAUAUUUAUAUAAAAACGUUACACAGCAUUAGCCAGCUAGCCCAACUAGUGUUGUUAGCAUGAGAUCUAGUGCUGUUAGCAUGAGAUCAUCAAGGACUUGCUAAUGUGUUACUCAAAAGGCAUUUUGAAUGAAUAGCUUACUUUCUUUCUACAAUUCUAGAUAAUAUGGUUCUUCAUUUCUCAGUCAGUGCCACUGUAUUGGAAAUAAAGAAAAAUGGAAUGAAA